AUGGAGAAGAAGCCGAGAGAAUAUCUACACGUAACCCACCAAGAUUCCGACCGAAUCGCCCGACUCAGCAUCCCUCCGCAUCAACCUCAAGCCCUUCACAGCUUCUACGAGGAGUUCAACCUCAGAGGCAUACGACUCGACCGAUUCCAACCCGGAUUCGUCUCUUGCUCUUUCACAGUUCCCCCUCGCCUUACAGAUAGGAAUGGAAAUCUGGCAGUGGGCGCAAUUGCGAGCUUAGUAGAUGAAAUCGGUGCGUCUGUGGUGUAUGAGAAGGAUGUACCGAUGAAUGUUUCUAUUGAUAUGUCUAUUUCUUACCUUUCUACAGCCAAGCUUAAUGAUGAAUUGGAGAUUAGCGCAAAGCUUCUUGGCAGAAAAGGUGGAUACCAUGGAACUGUUGUGAGUCUGAAGAAGAAAGCAACUGGAGAGAUGAUUGCAGAAGGUCGACAUUCAUUGUUUUCUAAACCAACUAGCAAAAUCUGAAACCAGUUAGAUAAUUCUGAUACUGAUAUUAAGUAAAGAGAAGAGAUAGGAAUCAUAAGUGAGAUUUUAAAAGCAUCUACAAGGAGCUUUGUAAUUUGGUUAUUUAAUGAUAUGUCUUGCCGUUUAAAAAACAGAAGAGAGAAGAAAUUUAAUAUUUGUUUACGAGAAACUGUUUUAUUUUCCAUAUAUCUUAAAAUGGUGAGUAGGUUGUAUUUUUUAUUUUAUUUUUUGGGCUAUAGAUUUACCAUGUUGACCUUCGACAAGCAGCAUGGUUUAGUGCUGUUUGGCAUUAGUAGGUUACUUUGUUGGUGUUUUUGCUAACAAAUCGAUAUAUGAUAUAUGAUAACUUCAUAUGUAGUUGUUAUGUAAGAUCGAUGAAACAUCUUUGUAGUUUAUACAUGUGAAUUGAGAAGGAAUUGUGAUUAUUGUAUUGUGGUACAAUUACAAUUUACAAACAUGUUGGCCUUGAAUUUGCAUCGAGUCUCAUUCUCAAUGACUUCGUCUAUGUGG